AUGAUAUGUCGAACCUGUCUGCGCAGCGCCUCGCGCGCCCAAAUAACCUCUUCCACACGCCCGCAACCCAUGCGCUUCCUCACCACCACAACCCCCCUCCGCAACGCAACACCCAUCUCCGCAAGCACCGCAACGCAAUCUGCCGGCCGUCAAGGCGACUCGACUUCCUCGCACAACCCGCCAACUGCGACUUCCACAUCUGCGGCCCAGCCGUUCAGCGAGCCGUUAACGCCAGCCGCGAGUCCGGAUUUGAAAGCCACGGCUGCGGAAGCCGCGAAGAAGAAGGCUGCCCCGCUGGUGAAAAGCAGUAUACCAGCUGGCCAACCGCUGAAGGGGUUGAACUUUUUGAAAGAUAGACAGGAUCCUGUUGCGUUGGCUGACGACGAGUAUCCGAGUUGGCUGUGGACGAUAUUGGAUCGGCAGGAGAAGAAGGCGGAUGCUGGGGCGGGAGAUUUGUUCUCGAAAUCGAAAAAACAACGUCGUCUAGCCGCAAAACGCCUCCGCAAGGAACAAGCCAUGAACCCCGAGAUGCUGGCCCCCAAAGUACCGCUAUACGAACAGACGAUUGAUCUACCGGCCGGAGACGGGAGUUUGCAGGGCGCAGUCAAGGCGCAGGAUGCGAGAGAGGAGUUGACAAAGGCGAUGAGGAAUAAGCGGAGGGCGGGGAUUAAGGAGGCUAAUUUCUUGAAGGCUAUGGGGUAG